AUGGAAGAGGUCCUCGAGUGGGAAACUAAAUACUGGCCGGGCGGUAACUGGGAGGAACAGGCCAAGGAGAUUUCCUCAGCGCCGGUAUGCCAUAUGGACCCUGGUGACAGCGAGCAUCGAUAUGGAGGCGUUGUUCGUGUCGAGGAUCCUAAACAUGACGUCGAUCACUUUGACAGCGAGGGGCAUUUCUGA